AUGCUUGUGGACGGCGCUGCGUACGUGGUCGAGACUUCGGGCAACGCCACCACCUCUGCUGCUACCCAAACAGUCCGAUGCCUCGAGUCUUUCCCCCCGUUCGAGUCCAUCGUGUCCGCGUUGAAUACCUUGAAGGCGGUACCGAGCUCGUUGGUCGACGACGAAGCGAUUGACUGCUCGAGCGGCGCCUUGUUCCAGACUUCGACGCCGAUCGGAGGUGUGGACUUUACCGUGUGCACCGCGGGGUACGGGUUUAUUGCGUACGGAGGUGAUAUCACGAUGGUUGUAGAGUACCUGGACGCCCCGCUGCGCAGCAUCAGCGCGCCGGCACUGACAGAUAGCAGCGCACAUUGCGCCACCGUAGCGAAGGCAACUGCAGUCACGCCGAUCACUGCAGCUUUGCUAACUGGGGAUGCACAUGCGUAUACAUGUCCUAGCGAGGAUAAGUGCUAG